CACGUCCGGGCGCGCGCCACGAGCUCUUGACGCGAGCGGCGGACAACGAGCCGCCAGCAGGGAGCGCUCCGGCCGCUGCUGCUGUUGUGUGUCGGUCUAUCCUGCAGGCGCGGAUUUUGGGCGUCGUGAUGUUCAAGAAGCGAGCCGUCAUUCCGGAUGGGGGCUGACCGCAGCUUCGUUCGUCGUCUCUCGCAGGUGCACCUGAACGAGCCUUCUCCCGUGGAGUGCCGAGAUGUGGAGGUUUAUUUUUUAGUGAUUCCUUAGAGGGCGCGGCUUCAGUGCGAGCGCCCUCUCAACCGCGCACUCCAUCGCCAGCGCCUUCCAGUCCCCGCGAGGAGCAGGAACAGCAAGAACCCGGUGGUGCGGCGACCCCGGAAUCGGCGGCAGCGGGGGCCGAGGAGCAGGCCACAGCGGCGCCCCCACAGGCCGCCGCUGUGGUUGACCGCGGCGGCAGGCCGGCUAUGGCACCGCCGGCCAAAGAAGCUUCACAGGAACCCGAGAAGGUUCCCCUACGCACAGUCUCGGCUGCUGCCGACGGCCCAGAGGACGGUGCUGCUACGAAGGCCGAUGGCGCCCCGCCCGCCGAGCAACAGCAAGAGGAGCAGCGAGGCGCCUUCAGCUUGUGGCUGGCCAAGCCGCGAGUCAUGUGGUGGAUCGCCGUGCUGGUGGCCAUCCUGCUCGUGGCGGUCGUGCUUAUCGCCACGCUGCUCUCUACCGGAAGGGAGGUCGACGACAUGGUGUGGGCGGACGACGCCUCCCUGCUGACCGUCUGGCCACGGCCCAAAGGGAGGCACCGGAUGAUCCAGUUCCGCCACGGAAGCUUGCCACACGAAGGUCGCGAAUGGCCCGAGCUCACCGUGCAGCUCAAGGAUCUCAUGUCGGCCUACGACCCCGUGCGCGCGGCGCGCAACUCCAACGUGACCGAGUGCUUCGGCCGGCGACCGGAACACGGCAAGGUGUGCCUCUUCGACAUCCGCGCCGUCGCGCCCGAGUGCACGGCGGCGCUCGACUUCGGCUACAAGGAAGGCAGUCCCUGCGUGUUCCUCCAGUUCUCCAACGUUCAGGGCUGGGAGCCCGCACCCAUCGCGCAGCACGAGGCGGCACAGCUGCUGCCGGCGCCUCUGCUGCCGCUGCUCAAGCCGGGCCUCGUGUUGCUGCAGUGCGAGGGCGACACCGUGGUGGACCGCGAGAACCUGGGCGGCGUGGUGUACACGCCGUACCAGGGAUUCCGCACCGAGUUCUUCCCGUACACGGGACACAAGGACUACAUGGCGCCCAUGGUGGCUGUCCAGUUUCGGAAACCCACGACGGCUAUAGUGAUCGGCGUCCGCUGCCGCCUCUGGGUUCGAAACCCGCCGCCGGCGAACGCCUCGUCCGAGCUCUUCUUCAACCUGCUCGUCGACUGAGGCUCUGAGCGAGGCCGGCGGCUGUGACCGUACACGGGGGAGGCCCUCCUGACCCCACCGUCUCUGUCAUCCAGUGCGCUCGCUGUUGGCCGCCGAGAAAGGAAGCGAGGACCAAAUGCCAAUCCGUGGUCCGCGUUAUAAGUGCUCGCCGGUUCGCGUGGAUGAGUGUGGGGAGCUUCAGCAGAGCGUUGCCGCACUUUACGUUGAGAGUUGCCGAGGCAUUCCGAUUACGCUCCUUGAAGGUUGUUUUCGUGUAAAGAGGCGAUGCCGAAAAAAUAAUGUUAGGUUUAAAGUCGAGAGAGGCAUUUUCUUAAUCCAUUUCCCACUUUCGUGUUAGAUCUGCUUGUCAACAAUAGACAGUGUGUGUGGUAAACACACGCUCUCUCUGUGUGAAUGUGAAUCUUAGCAGAUUUAUGCGUUAAGUGCGGCAGCGCUCGUUGCGCAGUGGUCAUUGUCGCCGAGGCUUACACCAUCUUCCUUGGCAUUGUACGGCAGCCGGAUGGCGCAUUAUAGUUGUCAUUGAAUGUUACUGGUACGGUACCAGCGAUAAGUCACCGAUUGUAUGAGCAUGUAGACACGCAGCAGAUGGCGUUUUCGUCUUUGGCGCCCGUUAUGAAAACGUGAAGCGCACUCUGUUGCCGAUAGCGUAGAACACGUGAAUCUGGAUCAGUGCUGACGGUGAAAACGUAAUUUGUUACAAGUUUUGGCGCUUUUUGCGCCAUCGGUCGAAAGUUGACGCGGAGUUUUGUAGAGCAAAGGCAGAUGUGUAGACCAACAUUGCCACUGCUACCGUUU